AUGAUCCAGCUUUCAUCUUUAGUGCUGAUCGCGGCUUUGGCUCUGGAAGCCAAUGCAGGAGUUACGGAUAAAUUGGUAGGCGCGAAAAUCGCGGACAUAGGUGAAUUUCCAUAUCAGGUCUCCUUGCGUCUCAGUGGUAGUCACUUUUGUGGAGGUUCUUUGAUUACCAAGAAACACGUUCUUACAGCUGCUCACUGUGUUGUCGCCGUAAAAAGUAGCUUGAGCAGAUUGUCUGCCGUCGUUGGCACCAAUAGUCUGUACAGUGGUGGAUCCACUUACAAAGUCAAAGCUCUAUCUUCGCAUCCAAACUAUGUGAAUAAAGUGACCCCUGACUGGUUGUACGAUAUUGGAGUGGUCACCGUGAGUAUAACCAGGAAAUUGAAUUGUUUUAUACAGCUUGCUUCUGAAGUUACACUGUCAAGUCGGGUGGCCUUAGUAAAACUGCCCAAAAAGGACGUCACUGUUGGGGACGAAGCUGUAGUCUCUGGAUGGGGAACAAUGGUCAGUCCUUCCACGCCACUGUCACAAAGUCUCCAAAAGUUAACCGUCAAAAUCAUCAGCUAUGAAAAUUGUCAGAAGUCUAUGCCUUCUUUUGCAAGAGUGCACCCAUCUCACGUCUGUACAUUCGUCAAAAGAGGCGCCGGUGCUUGCUCAGGAGAUAGCGGUGGUCCAUUGGUAGUAGACGGUGAAGUGGUUGGUGUUGUAUCUGGAGGAAUCCCUUGUGCUAUUGGUUAUCCAGACGUUUUUACAGAUGUCUACCAGUACCUGAGUUACGUGAAUAAGGUCAUAAAGUAAUAAACGACUUGGAUGGCUCUU